AUGAAGAAGUGGGACCGAAACCUCUCAAGGAAGUCACCACAUCGAAGAAGAUUGAUGAACGACAAUACGGAGCCUUCCCAAAAGACUUUCCGCACGAAGCGCAUCCUUGCUAAGGCUUCCCGCCAGAACCGACCCAUUCCCCAGUGGUUCCGCCUGAAGACGGACUCCAAGAUCCAGUACAACGCAAAGCGUCGUCACUGGAGACGCACCAAGCUCAACAUCUAA